CUAUAAAAGAAGACCAGAGUUCGAGAGAUCAGAACCACCACAUAAAAUUCGUCAACCAACAUUGUAAAGCAAACACAGAGAACCAAAGUUGUGACUUGUGAGAUGGCAGAAGUGAAGUUGCUUGGUCUUUGGUAUAGCCCAUUUAGUCACAGAGUUGAGUGGGCUCUUAAGAUUAAGGGCGUGGAAUAUGAAUUUAUAGAAGAAGAUCUACAAAAUAAAAGCCCUCUACUUCUUCGAUCAAACCCUGUUCACAAGAAAAUUCCAGUGCUAUUUCACAAUGGAAAGCCCAUUUCUGAGUCUAUGCUCAUUCUUGAAUACAUUGACGAGACUUUCGAAGGCCCUUCCAUCUUGCCUAAUGACCCUUAUGACCGUGCUAUAGCUCGUUUCUGGGCUAAGUUUUUUGAAGAAAAGGGGACAUCAGUGGGGAGAUCUUUCUUUCUAAAAGGAGAGGAGCAAGAAAAAGCUAAAGAGCAAGUUUGUGAGAUGCUGAAAGUUCUUGAUAAUGAGCUCAAGAAUAAGAAGUUCUUUGUCGGUGACAAAUUUGGAUUCGCUGAUAUUGCCGCAAAUGCUGCGGCACUUUGGCUGGGAGUACUUGAAGAAGCAUCUGGAGUUGUUUUGGUGACAAGUGAAAAAUUUCCAAAUUUUUGUGCGUGGAGAGAUGAAUACAUUUACUGCAGCCAAAACAAGGAAUAUCUGCCUCCAAGAGAUGAGUUGCUUGCCCAUUUCAGAGCUCGCUUUCAGGCUGGAGCUGCUGCUUCUGCUCCCAAAUGAAUACUUUCUUAUUCAUCUUUUAAGUUCCAAGAUUUUGUGUGGCAAUAAAAUAGAAGUGGAUUUAGUGCGGUUUAACUGAAUCAUUCGUAUUGGCUCGACCAAUGUAUGUUAUUUACUGUGUUCGAAAUGGAAAUAAAACAGAGUAUAAUAUGAACUUGAAUUAAUUCAUCUA